AGUGUUCUGUUGCAGGACCGGCUCUCUGUACGCAGGACUAAUGACAGACUCGGACCAGGUUAGACUCGUGCCAAAACGGACCGGCUGAACCGAAUUCUCUGUAUUCUGUCUGUUCUGUGUGAAGGAUCUUAACCGGCUCUCUUGGGCUUGGUUCGGCUCGGCUUGGGGCUCUGCUUCUCUGUUGUGGAUCUGUGUGGUUCCGUCUGUCCUGGCUUGGAACGAAAUGAUAGGGGUGGGAAACCGGACCGGAACGCGACCGUAUGAAUGAGAGAGAGAGAUGGAGAAACUACUGAAGCAGGUGGUGUGUGUCUGUGUGUUAUUCUGUGGGCGAGUUUCCCCUGCAGAGUUAACCUGUGAAACUCUCAUCCUGCUGUCGACCAACCUGACAGCGAGGACGUUGGCGUUGUUUAACCAGACGUUCACCGUCAGCAACACUUCAGGUCUGUACUGUGACCUGUCUGUGGAUGGGAUAGGAACGUGUUGGCCUCGCAGUGCAGCAGGAGAGCUCAUCUCCAGACCCUGUCCUGAACAGUUCAACGGCAUCCACUACAACACCACCAACAAGGUGUACAGAGAGUGUCAGUCCAACGGCAGCUGGGCUCCUCGAGGAAACUACAGCCAGUGCACCGAGAUCAUCGUCCUGAGGAAGAGUAAAGUUCAUUAUCAGGUUGCUGUGAUCAUCAACUACCUGGGACACUGUAUCUCUCUGGGAGCUCUGCUGCUCGCCUUCACACUCUUUAUGAGACUCAGGAGUAUUCGUUGUCUGAGGAACAUCAUCCACUGGAAUCUGAUCUCCGCGUUCAUCCUGAGGAACGCCACCUGGUUCAUCGUCCAGCUGACCAUGAACCCCGCUGUAACCGAGAGCAACCAGGUGUGGUGCAGGUUGGUGACAGCAGGUUAUAAUUAUUUCCAUGUAACAAACUUCUUCUGGAUGUUUGGUGAAGGUUGUUAUCUUCACACGGCAGUCGUCCUCACGUACUCCACUGACAAACUCAGGAAGUGGAUGUUCAUCUGCAUCGGCUGGGGUAUUCCGUUCCCCAUCAUCGUGUUCUGGGCCUUUGGGAAGCUUUACUACGACAAUGAAAAAUGCUGGUUUGGAAAGAAGGCGGGGGUUUAUACAGACUACAUCUACCAAGGUCCCAUGAUCCUGGUCCUGCUGAUUAACUUUGUCUUCCUGUUCAACAUCGUUCGGAUCCUGAUGACCAAACUGAGGGCAUCAACCACCUCAGAGACCAUGCAGUACAGGAAGGCAGUGAAGGCGACUCUGGUGCUGCUGCCUCUGUUGGGAAUCACCUACAUGUUGUUCUUUGUGAAUCCUGGAGGAGAGGACGAAGUCGCUCAGAUUGUCUUCAUCUACUUUAACUCCAUCUUGGAGUCCUUCCAGGGUUUCUUUGUUUCUGUUUUCUACUGUUUUCUCAACAGUGAGGUGCGGUCUGCGGUCAGGAAGCGUUGGAUUCGUUGGCAGGAUCGUCACUCCUUCCGGAGCCGGGUGGUACGCGCCACGUCAUUACCCACCUCGCCAAGCAGAGUCUCCUUCCACAGCAUCAAACAGUCUUCCAACCUCUGACCUCUAAUAGGUCCGCACUCAUCCAACUACAACAUGUGAUGUCACUCCAGUCAGCCAAUCAGACGCUUGCUUAACCUGACCAAUGGAUCAGCUUAAACCAGGGAUUCACAGAGCAGGACAGACUUUUGGAGCCAAUCACCAUGUAAGUCAGGACUCUGUGUGGCCCCGCCCCCUCUUAAUGUACCGACCAAUCACUGGACUCGACCAAUCAGCAGCCUCCACAAUGUUACAGGUGCCCCAUCAAGGAGCAGGACUGUGUUCAUAUAAUUAAUUUAUUGACUUAUCAGUGUUAUUGACGAGCUAACUGUUCAUGAGCUGAUAUUAUAUUGAUCACCAGCUUUCUCCUGUUUAACAGUCAUAUCAGCACACACACAUUAAUGGAUUAAUAUGUCAAACAGUCUUCAGGUGGAUCACUUCGGACCCCCGUGGUGUUUCUGGUUUCAGGUUCUUCAUCACUUUUGUUCUCACUAUCAAGAGAGUGAGACAAACGCGAUUACGAUUUUGGUUGCCGCAUAAAGCAGAUAAAAACAUCAAACAACAACAAACGAUUCACUUAAAGGUUAUGUGGAGAAAUCUACCCCAGUGGCCAUUAAGUGAACUGCGGUCAGAAUCCUGUCGCUAACACCAUAGGCACGACCAAUCAGCGACUAAAUAAAAGACAUAAGUGUGUCAGAAACAACAUACUAACGUUCUGCCUCCUACAUACUCAAACAAUAUACAUAUAUUACCAACUGCUUAUUAACCCAACCAACAGUAUGCUACUACUCACUAUAUAGUGCACUCAAUGUAUCCCACAAUGCAUUAUGAAAAGUAGUGUACAAUGGUCACUAUGCAAGCAAUAUAUACCAUCAUGCAUUGCAGUUCAAAGCUUUUUGUGAGUGGAAAUUGGCGUUUGACUUUCAAAACGUCAACACAGAACACAUAAAUAUGAAAAAGUGAACAUAGUGGGGCACUUUCCCUAAAAUCAACAAGCUGCUUUAAUAAAGAAUAAAGAAUUUUCAACAGAGUAGUUAGUUUUUCAGAUAGAUGAUGACAGGCAUGAGACCAGAGUGUGUAAGCACAAAUAAAUGAAUUUUAGUGUGAACAUAUGUUUCAUUAUUUAUUUAAAAAAUCUGUGUUUAUUUUUUAUUUUGAACUGUUUUUGU